AAUGCUCACAGCGUCCGCCAAUUGUAAAUUGGCGCUUUCGUUUCUGCGUCGAAGGUUAGUGCCAAGAGGUGGACAAGUUUGUGACAUGCCUUUAUCGAGCAAGGCUCGAGUGUAUGCAGAUGUAAAUCUUAAUCGUCCUCGCGAGUAUUGGGAUUAUGAAUCAUAUGAAGUAAAAUGGGGUGAUCAGGAUGAUUACCAAAUUGUUCGAAAAUUGGGCCGCGGCAAAUACAGUGAAGUGUUCGAGGGUUUAAAUAUAACCAACAAUGAGAAAUGUGUCAUAAAGGUGUUGAAGCCUGUCAAAAAAAAGAAAAUCAAGCGUGAGAUUAAGAUCUUGGAAAAUCUACGUGGCGUGACAAAUGUAAUAUGCCUUGAAGCAGUGGUAAAGGAUCCUAUUUCUCGCACACCUGCCCUCAUUUUCGAACACGUCGAAAAUCGGGAUUUCAAAGAGUUGUAUCAUACCUUAACAGAUUACGACAUUCGGUACUACAUGUUCGAAUUGUUACGUGCACUUGAUGCAUGUCACAGCAUGGGAAUUAUGCAUCGGGAUGUGAAACCGCAUAAUGUUAUGAUUAAUCAUUCCCAAAGAAAGUUACGUUUAAUUGACUGGGGUUUGGCAGAAUUUUAUCAUCCUGGGCAAGAAUAUAAUGUUCGUGUUGCAUCACGAUACUUUAAGGGACCCGAGUUAUUGGUUGAUUACCAGAUGUACGAUUAUUCUUUAGAUCUUUGGUCUUUGGGGUGUGUUUUUGCUAGUAUGAUCUUCAGGAAAGAACCUUUCUUUCAUGGUCACGAUAAUUAUGAUCAAUUAGUUCGAAUUGCCAAAGUUCUUGGUACAGAAGAGCUAUUUCAGUAUUUGACCAAAUACGAAAUAGUUCUGGAUCCUCGAUUUAAUGAAAUUUUAGGCCGACAUACGAAAAAAAGAUGGGAACGUUUUGUACAUGCAGAGAACCAACAUCUUGUCAGCCCAGAAUCACUUGAUCUUCUGGAUAAAUUAUUGCGUUAUGAUCACGCUGAACGACUAACUGCUCGAGAAGCUAUGGAACAUGUGUAUUUUCGUGCUAUUGUGCAGGACCAUGGUGGUCGAAUCCCUGUUGGUGCUCAGCAGAAUAAUGAUGGUACUAAAAAACCUGGUUCGACCACGCCAAGUACGAAUCCGACGUAAUAUCCGCUAUUAUUAAAGAACAUUAUUUUCAUUAACGUUCCACUAUGCGACUAUGGAUAAUCUCCAUUCUCCAAUUGUUUGGAUUUGUAUAAAGCCCGGUUGUUUUACUGCACCCACCAAUCAUAUAAAAUUUUAUAACUUAGUGAAGCGCUUUUGUUUAUCAAUGGGUCCGACUUUUAUGUAUCUGUAUCUUCUAUGUUUAGAGGUGUAUUCCUUUUAAAAUAGUGUUUCUUCAUCGGUGACAUGGUUCUCUACUUGUUUGAUUCGGUUCCGAAGGUAUUUUACUGUUAGCUUAAAAAUGAAUGCAGUCAUGUUUUGCACUGCUAACUGUUUUGCACUGUUAACUGUUAAAAAUUGCAUUUUCACGACCAAUUAGUAGAUGACUAUCAGUUUACCUCUUAAAAUUGAAUGAAGCUUGUUUGAUUAUAAAGUUGAAAUCUUUAUGCUUCUUAUUGUAUUUGGCUCACUUUCUUCAGAUGACCUGUUCUAUAGAAUAAAAUAAUUCGUAUGAGAAACGUGUGCAUAAAUUAUGUGUUUGAGUUUUUAUUCGAUUACUUUCAGUUAAUAAAUUACAUAAAGUAGAAAAUUGAGCGUGACAAUAGAUUUUAGUGUUAAACAGAACAAAUAUAAUUUAUUUGUGUUCGGAGUUAUAUGUUUAUUCUAGACUAAGUGCAAAACAUUACUGAAGUGAAAUGAAGAUAAGUGUAUAGUUUUUGCUACAAAUAAAUGUGACAAU